AAUGCUACAGUUUCGAACUACAAAUCAGCAUUCUUGUAGCAAAGUUAUUGAUUCAAUAAACAAUCUAUAUGAUACAAUUAUUUUAGCUGCAUCAAUAAAUACAGAAGAAUCAAAGAAUAUAAGUCAAGAUUUAGGAAAGGAACUGAAAGAAUCAUUAACAAAUGGUAUGAUAGAGUGUAUCAAUGCAGAAAGGGAGAAUCUCAAUAUCAAAAAAGCUUCCCUUGAAUUUACUUCAAGAGCUGAACAUGAAACACAAACAAAUUUCGAUUAUUCUAAGGAAUUUGAAAAAAUGCUUAAAAAGAAUACUAGCAAAAUGGAUCCAAAAACUAAUGAGCAAUAUACGAGAUUGAUAAAAACACUGAACAACGAGCCAACCAAUACUUGUGAAGAUAAUGAUGAUGUGGUGCAGAUGGACGAAAUAAAAUCAACUAUUUGCCCUUAUUCUCAGCAAGAAAUGGAAAAUCCGGUUAAAAAUAAGAUAUGUGGCCAUUCGUAUGAAAAAUCUGCAAUUGCAGAAUAUAUAAAAGCUAAGAGGCAAAGGGCUUUUUGUCCUCAUGCAGGAUGUUCGAACAAAAAGCCUCUUUCACCUGAUUCUCUAAUAAGAGAUGAAGAAAUGAUAAGUAUUAUUGCUGAAAAAAGAAAAACUCAAUCUACUGGAAAUUUUAUUACUGUAAACGAUGCUAGCUAA